GACUUGCAUUGCAGUCUUCCACCCCGAGAAGUAAGAAGUAAUAAAAUUAUUAGUUAGUUCAACCGUUACCGGGUGUCUUCUCCUCUCGAACAGAAUUUCUGGACGGAGUAGCAGCAGCAGCUGCUCUACACCUAGUGACAGUAGAUGAGUUUCACAGGGUGAGGGACUCACUGCACGACGAUACCCUUCUCCUAAGGCUUCGGACCAGGCAGGAUUCACGCAGGGUGUUACGACCGAUAAGUGUGUAGUGGCACUGCUCGAUUCUGGUGGAUGGUGGUGGAAAAUCAGCCUGAGAAGUCGGACAUUUCGCCAGAGAAUGCGCUGGUGAUGAGCAGCGAUUCCCAGGUGAAGAUGGAGCCCGGAAAGGAGAGAGAUGGCAGGAAGCUUGAGGACUUCUGCCGCGCCAACCUAGGCGAGUACGAGAACAAGAGUGCUGUGAAGAAAGACUUGGCAUGUGUCAUUGAGUGGUUCCCUGGUUUCGAAAUAACCAGGAGUAUUCAAGUGGACAGUGAUUUUCGCACGCACACAUAUGCUAUUCUUGAAGGCUGUCUGCCGAUAACAUACAAAGGUAACGUGUAUAACAUCCCCCUGAUGGUGACGUUUGAUCACAAGCACCCUGAGAUGCCACCCUACUGCACAGUCAGGACCCCAGGGAAUAUCUGUGUCAGGCCAACCCGCCACGUGGACGCGUCCGGGACUGUCGUGGCGCCUUACCUGCGCCGAUGGACAGAGUCCGAGUCGAGUGUGUGCGGCUUGCUGGAACACUUGCAGGCAGUGUUUGGAGAAUCGUGCCCCGUCUACUCCAAGACCUCAGACCCGGGCUCUGGCUCGCACCCCUCGCCAGUGACACAGCGGCGUCACGCUGAUCAUAGCGGUGAAUUUGAACUGGCAGAAGUGGCAGAAGCAGCCAUGGCAACAACAACAGCAAAAGCCACCAUGGCACCAACAACAGCAGCAGCCACGGCAACAGCAGCAAAAACAGCAACCGUGGCAAAAGCAGCAGCAGCAGGAACUAUGGCAACAACUGCUAAAGGAACCAUGGCAACAACAGCAGCAGAAACCAAGACAACGGCGGCAACUGUGGAAACAACGGCGGUAGCACAUGAAGACAUAGUCGUUACCGAGUUGCUAGCGGCAACCCCGAAUGACAACAGUGCUAAACCCACACUUAGUACAGCAGAGUCUCUGCCAGCUCAUGAUAAUACACAUGCAGCAUUUGUUCGCGAUGGAGCUGUCGUUGAUGCAGCAGAAGCAGCAACACCAGCAGCUCCGGGACUAGAUGCUACUGCGGGCUCGGCCGGUGCCAAGCCAAGCGUGCUUCCACGGCGACGUCAGCCGUCGGUGAAGAAUCUGCGGAUUGAGAAAUCGCGCCCUGACCAGUCGCCGAACGUCAUGACUCUGCGAUCACCGUCGCCACCACGCGGCAGCGAUGUACCUCUUGACGAGAAACUCAUUGUCAGAGCUAGAACAGGAAACACGGCAGCGCCGCACCACCUCGGCCAACGACCAGCUCCGCACCAUGGCGAAAAGCAUUCCCGCCGCCGCACAUCUCGUAAAGCUGGGACAGCCGACGAGAGAGACGAAGGGCCCUGCGUCAAGAUGGUGCACGGUGAAACCCAAAUCAAGUGGCCGGAGCAUAAGAUGCAGUCAUUGCCGAGGGCUGGGCCACAUGCCGCGCCAGCAGCGUUUAUCAAUGAGCCCGCAGCAACACCAGCAGCGACAGCAACAGCAACAGAAGUGCCAGCAGCAGCCAUAGGAGUUCCUCUGGUGCCAUCGUCAGGAGGCGUGCUAAUCCCGUUUCUCUUACCCCCAGCACCAAGAAACCAAUAUAUACGACAACGCAUACCAGCAAUCCAACCGCAUGUGUACGCACUGCCUAGACCAGCUUCAUCAAAGGAAGCAUCAGCAGCAGUACCUGCAGAAUUAUCAUCAUCAGCAACAGCAACAGCAACAACAGCAGCUGACACUACAUCCCAGUCAUCCUCUAAUGCAUCUGAAGAUAGUCGAGAUCGAUUGCUGCAGAGCUCGGCAUGCGUGGAUCGGAAGCCGUGCAUCAGAGACCUACUGAAUCCCAAGUUGACACAGAUUGGCGAGAAACUGGAUCUGGAGAAUUGUGUUGUGGAUUUCGAGCCAGUCAUCGAGACGGCUAACUGGAGCGUCGUCGACACGCCGUGCGUGCGUACCAGGAACACGGUCAGAGUGCACGACAGCAGCGCAGCUAUCCUCGUCGUAUGGUUUGGCAACGACAAGUUUGUUCGCAGGGCAUUCACGCCACGCGCAACGGUAAAUCUGUGGAACGUACACAUGAAAGAAUACGGUCCAACACGCUACAUCGGCCUGGACAAUAACUCCAAAGUCGCCGUGGUGGCCAGAUCAAGCAAUGACGUCGUUGUUCCGACCACUCUGACUGUUCCUGCUGCACCAGCUGCCGCGAGUACUGGUAGUCCUGGCGUUGCUUCGUCGAGUGCCCAUGGUGCCACGGUGAGACGUCCUCCGCCUGCUACCCGGGCUGACCGGGACGAUUCUCCUGCUUUGAUCCGCGGGCUUGUGGUGUCGGUGCUGUCGCAGUCGCACAUCACCUGCCCACAGUGCCAGGGUGUGCUUGUCAGCGAUGCCAAUGACCGUUGCCAUGAUGCUGCUGGCAGCAACCAAGGCAACAGUAGCCAAGGGAAUAACAGUUUGAUCAUUCGCUGCCAGCACUGCCGAGCCAAAGUACUGCGUAGCGCUGCAGAGCCAGUCUGGAAGAUGACAUUAGCCCUGAAGAACGACACCGGAACCCACUCUGUUCUCGUCGUCGCCGACAACGAAUUCCUGCAGCGAUUCUCCUCCGCAGAUGGCCAGCAAAGCAUCGAUGAGAUUGAGGAUUGUCUGCUACUGGGAAAGUACACCCUGGUGGUUGCUUUGCCAUCUGCUGGUUCCGGGCCCGCGCAUGUGGUGGAGGUUAGUCGGUCUGGCUCUGCCUAGGUUGAAGCUGCCACUUCUCUUGGCGUCACUGUCAUUGCUCUGUUGUAUUGCCCCAGUAGCAAUUUUUUUCCUUCAGAUGACGUAUGACUGCUUGAUGUGAACUGUCUGCCUGCUAGGCAAUUAUGAGCCAGUAAAGAUGCACCAUCUGCAAAUGCUGCCCCCCACCCCUAUAAACCGAACAAACAAUAUAAACACACAUGAUCCUAUAGGGAACUGCUUCUCUGUACCAAAAAAAUCUGCUCGCCUUACCGGGCCUUUUCCCCGCAUACUGAGCACCAAAUAUUUCUGAUCUUAGAGUAUCCUAUCGUGUAUUUAGCUAGUGCCACUCUCCUAUGUGUGCCGCAGUGGUUGGUUGCCAUUGUAAGGUACAGUCAGACCUCGCUUAACCGCUCACAUCCGUUUUCCACACAAAUAUCCGGAUAGGCGAGGGAGCCGCAUAAUCGAACACACGUACUGUAUGUAUGCAUGACAUGUGCUGUAAGUCGGUGACCAGCGACUUUCUUCCGGAUGGCAUGCCAGGGAUCCGGAUAAAAGAGGACCGGAUAAGCGAGGUCUGACUGUACUGUAUCCAUGCAAUACCUGCUGCCGGAUUCUGGAUCUGAGCUGACAUUCCUAGGAGCAGUGAGCAGGCACUCCCCAUGUCUUUUGGCCCCAUGUCUUCCGUCCCAUGUCUUUGGUCCAGGCUGCUGUAGCGUUUCCGUUGUGUUCAUGCAUCUUUGAUUAUGAUAUUAUAAGGUUUGAUGUCUAGACUAGAAGCUCCUUGUGGACAGUUCUUGCGCACAUUGGAUGCUACACUUUGUUUGCUGAGAUGAUGACUCAGUGUUACUGUAUUUUUUAUUUUUUAUUCUCACAACUUGGCCAUAGGCCAGAUGGUAUCCUUCUCAUGAA